AUGGCGGCUGUCUUGUUUAUCUCUAUGCACUGCAGUCACGUGACACUUGUGUUAGCUUCCUUUCAGGGAAAUUCUCCACCCACAACUGAAGAGGAUUCCCACACCAAACCAGCAGCCAGACAGAAACCAAAACAGAAGAACAAGGCAGCCUCUACAGCCACUGGGCCCGGCAAUCAGCAGAGAGUUGUCUCCCAUGGAGCGUCACAUACUCUGUCUGACUUGGAUAGUGAGGGGGAGGCGGUGGUCCCUCAACCCCCAAGGAAAAGACAGAGAUCUGGACUAUCGAGUGGAGAGAGGGAGUAUAUACCAGCCUACAGGUCCGGUCCUUAUGCCCUCCUUAUCACUCUGUACAGAGACAGACAGUCUGCAGAUGGAAGAGGAUUCAUGACGAAGACCGAACUCUGUAACAAAGCCCAGCCAUUGGCUGACAAAUCCUUUACUCUGGCAGAUCCAGGUUGUCGGUACACUGCCUGGUCCUCUAUGGGGACUCUGAUCAAGAAAGGCCUAGUGGUGAAGGAGAGUAACCCAGCCAAGUACAGCCUGACAGAGGCGGGGUCUCAGCUGGCUCACCGGCUAGAGGCAAUUCAGGCUGACGAUCUCCCACUCAGGCCAGCCUCCAGCCAGAGAUUACCAGUAACCCUCCCUGGACACAGGAAUCAAGACCAUGGAUCACUUCAAUACAAGUACGUAUCAAAUGAAGGGGAUGAGGGGAACAAGAAAGACAAAGCAGCAGUUCUUAUUGAUGAUGAUUUUGGGCUGGGAUUUCUGAUUAAAGUGAACUACCAGCAAUUAUUGUCCAGUGGGAAACGUUACCGACUUGACACCACUAGGCCACUAGGUGAUAAUGUGUAUGUUUACUUACAUGAAGAGGAGGCUGUGGAUUGUAUUGUUACUCAGGACACACCUCGACUGCCCUCACUGGACGAUUUAGAGGAAACCCCAGCAAUUACUACAGUCAAACCUACAAAGGAAGCAAAGAAGAGAACAAAGCUUCCUAAGGAUGUGAUGUCAUCUCACUCAGCAGAGCCACAGCUUCUUUCAUUCCAGAAUUCCUCUCCAAAACCAGCUAGAAUUUCCUCUGUCAGAACUCUUAGUCAUGAAAGGGCAUCAGAGAGUGAGAAUUCUCAGGAGUCCACCAGUACUAGCUGUGUACCUAACUUUGUGUUCCUACCCGGGCAGUUUGAAAUCAUUCUGUGUGUCGACAAUGCUGAAUUCUAUGGAAGCAGACAAGGAGGGGGGAAGUCCUUACUCCCUGACCUCAUUAAGAAUGGUGUGACCUGUGACCUCAGAAAACUCCAUGUGGGGGACCUUCUGUGGGUCGCAAGGGAGAAAACUCAGCAGACAGAAGUUGGGAUGGAUCGGCCCAGGGGGAGAGAACUGGUGCUGGAUUACAUUAUAGAGAGGAAGAGGAUGGAUGACCUUGUACACAGCUGUACGGACGGCCGACUCCCGGAUCAGAAGUUCCGCCUGAAGCACUGCGGUCUGAAGAAGCCAAUCUUUAUGGUGGAGGAUUACGGGUUCCUGCAGCACUUCAGUAUCCCAGAGGACCGCAUCAGACAGACCAUAACCAAUCUCAAGGUCAUUGAUGGUUUUCAAGUAAAGAGAACAAAAAAUGUGAAGGAGUCUGUGGCCUAUCUAACAGUGAUGACACGCUACCUUCAGAGUUACUACAAGAAUAAGACACUCCAUGCCUGUAGCAUUGACGACAUCAAAGAACAGGAGUGGAGUAACGACAUAAAUGACCGAGAAAUCAGACUGAUGGAGUUUGGGGAGUUUAACCAGGGGUCUGUCAAGUCUAGGAAUCUGAGUGUUCGGGACAUGUUAUGUAAACAGCUGAGUAAAGUGAGUGGGAUAUCUGGAGAGAGGGCACAGGCUGUGACUCAGAUCUACCCCACAAUAAGUCACUUACUGGAGGCCUACAGAUCCUGUCCCAACAAAAUGGCAGCAGAGCGACUACUUUCCACAGUCAAGGUCAACAAGUCUCUCAGGAAUUUAGGAAUGAAUCCAAGCAGACUUAUUCAUCAACUGUACUCCACAGAGGGGCCACUAAAGUGACAAUUUACCAGACAUCAUCUCAACU